AAUCAAAUGAGAAGAGGCGGGACAUGACGGACGUUGGGGUAUUAAAAUAAGGCACGCUGCGUCGACUGUGUUAAUCCUGUUGUGUUUUCUGUUUGAUAGCAGCAAGGAUUAAAGUCGUCAAAAGAUAUCCAGUAAAAUAAGCAUCAUGGCUCUGGACGGAUGUGGCCUCCUCUGCAAAUACACGCUGUUCAUUUUCAACCUCAUCUUUGCGCUGGUGGGGUUUGUGUUCCUGGGUCUGGGCCUGUGGCUGAGGUUCAGCGGUAGCACCAGAGCUAUCUUUCAAUUCGAGGCCCUCAACUCAAGCGCAUUCGUUAUUGCGGUGACUAUCCUGAUUAUCACGGGCUCGGUGAUGCUGAUCGUGGUCGUGUUUGGAGACUACGGCGCCUGCAACGAGAAACGAUGCGCUCUGCAAAUAUUUUCAGUCCUGGUGUCCAUCCUCGCAGGAGCUGUGGUUGUUUUUGGAGUGAUUGCUUAUUCCAGGAAGGUGGAGAUUGGAUUGAGAAUGGGGGAGUUCUACUCUAGCAUAUAUUUGCUGUAUGUUGCUAACGGCGACCCAGUUCUUGCGGUCACUCUCACAUUCAUCCAAAAACUGCUUCACUGCUGUGGAGCGACCGGGGUGACGUUGUUAGACUUUGCUAAGGAAACCUGUCCCGACCCAAACUCCUUUUUGGAACACAUCAAGAUGGAUGCUUGUCCUGGGGCGAUCAUUGAUGUCUUCAACAGAAAUGCACCGCUGGUGAUGGGCGUGUUCGUCGGAACUGGAGCUCUUCUGCUCCUGGCUUUGAUUUGCAGCUCAACCCUUGCUAAAAAGCUCAAGACCCCAUCCUCUCCUCAGUACAUCAUCCUGACUCAGCCUCAAACAUCUCAGCUUGAAUAUAUCCCCACCUCCAACUCCAUUUCCUACUCUUUCCCCGACCAGGAGCCGGUGGUCUUCACCCCUCUGACUGUGGCCAACAUCCCCAUAGUUAUGACUUAGAGAGCACUUUUACCACAAUGCUCGGGCAUAGAGGAUACAGAUCUGGGUUUAUUUUCACAUUACUUCAUGUUCAUCUCUUCUGUGCAUGCUCACUGUGGGGUCUCUUCAGCUCCCUUUAAAGGAAAAAUCCACCCGUAAGUCAAAUGUAUUGUUAAAGCGCUUUUCCCAGACAUAGUCACAUAGCAUUAAAACAUCAUACGAAUCAUAAAAGCUUAAAUGAACACAACAAAGCCACGUGCUAAAAACACGAUACACAAUAAAAACAGUUGCAUCAAAAAAAUAUAUUAUUUCAACCUCAGUUUUUUAUUUCUAAUCUGCCUGUAUUAAAAAAAUACAUAUAUAAAGGGUUGGAUUUUUCCUUAAAGUGUCUUCAUAUCUCAUUUUGCCUUCCACACAAGCGUCUCUUUUUGUAGCUGCAUGCUAAUUGCUAGCCUGUGCUGGUACCCAUCUUACAUCGAAACUCAUUCUGUGGCUGGUGUGACCCGGGUCAGGAAGCCUGGCUCUUAUUCCCAUCCCCCCUCUUCACCUCCUCCCUCUGUGUCUGAAUGACAGGUUGUUGCCCUGGUCUGCAGCAUUGUCCUCCUGACACAGACCAAGAGAGAGCAGCAGGAGAUCACAGCACGAUACACAACCGUGUACUAACAGGAGUUCAACCCUCAUCAGCGAAGACACAGCACUGGAUUUCAAGCUUGAAAAACGUUACAAACAUGUGUCUCAACUCCAAACUGAUCCCGACACACUCUCCCCACUUCGACUCUGUUUCCAAAAACCCCCAACAGGAAGUUAUCAAACCCUUCAACAGGAAGUUAUCAAACCCUUCAACAGGAAGUUAUCAAACCCCCCAGAAGCACCAUGAAACCCUCUUUAAAUCGUCAAACAUGCAGAGCACUGCACACAGUGAAAUGUGACCUCUGCAUUUAACCCAUCCUAGUACUAUGAGCAGCUAUUUUACAGCCAUUUUAAACCCAGAAAGUAUUUUAAUGAUAUAGAAGUUUAAUACAAGGAAAUAAACGCCAGGGAUUUUUAUUAUAAUUACUAUUUUCUGUCAGAGAUGCUGAUUCCAAUCUCUGGUUAUGAAAAGUUACGACAGUUCCUGUUUCCUGUGACAGAGUUUUUCCCAAGUCUCUCUAUUUGCCCCUCCAGUGGAAGUGUGUUGGGUUGGCAUUGAAUUUGGGUGUGUAUGUGAAACAUCACAUUGUGCUUAUCAUCUGACCUAUUGUAAGCAGAAAACUGAUUUCUUUUCCUAGCUGUUGACAAUUAUCAAUAUUUUAUUGUGCCGUUUUCUUUUUGUAUUUUCAUGCAGUAGCUUAGUAGAAUGGAUGUCGAGUAUAAUGGUCAAUUAUUCAUCUAGCUAUGAACGGACAGGCCUCUUCAUCAUCGUGGACAUACGAUAAAUAAUGUGACACAUCCGUUUAAUAACUAACUGUGAGGGAGAGUAUGGGAUAAUGUAGGAGGAGAGAGAUUCCAUACCUGUUACACUUUUUUUAUCCAUGUUUGUCUUUUUUUCCUAUAAUGCUUUUAACGUUUUUGUGGAAGUGGUAAUUACUCACUGAGCCGCUGGAAAUAAUGUUUUUAAAUGAAUAAUGUAUGCAUAAAUGAGAACGGGAGCAUGUUCUGUAAAAUCCAUUCAGAUAAUAUGAAAUGUUUACGUAAGGUCGGGUCGUAUAUGUCCCUGUCGACACCUUAAAGUGGGAAUUGUUUUGCUAUAGAAGGGACUUUUCCAUAGUUUUGUAUUCCAUUUAAUUUCCUUUUUACGUGAUUGUGCAUCAAGAGGACCACAGGAUCCAACUUGAAUAAAGUAAAAGACCUUUUUGAGUGUGAACUCAGUCGUCAGGUACUGUCAGAGGCUGUUAAUCGUACUGCAUAAACUAAGUGUAUAUGCUGCCUUCCUGUAAACACUGCUUUGGUUCAAAGGGAAACACCAUGCCAUUAAUGACAAUUAUAUUCAGAUGUUGUAUUCCUUCAAGUUCCUGCAAACACAUUUUUGUGAUCAAAUGCAUCAAGUGUCUUGUUUAGUAUUGCUUGUCCUUCUCUUUGCAUAGUAGUUUUUUGCACUAUACGUUUUCUAAUAAAUAUUCCAUACUGGGCUUUUCCCCUUUUCUUCA